CGAAUGUCCGUUACUGGCUGUAAAUGUAGGAAAUGAUUUAUAAAUUGAUCACACUGAUGUUCAGUUAAACCACUGCUUGUCUGUCCGUGCCUGUUAGUCCACAAAGAUGAGCAAGGCUGUGGUUUUCCUCUUCGUCAUAGGUCUUAUGAUCUCCGUAGUGACAGCCUGGUGGUCGACGGACUCACCUCUUCGGUUUCCAGACAAUUGUAACAGCGAAGCCUUGCGGACCUUUGCGACCAAUUGCGGGCUCUCGGAGCACUCCAUGGGGAACCACUACAUCCUGAGUGAUCCAAAGAGCAAUGACAUCAACAACAUCGUCAUAGUGAUACCAGAUGACUUGCGAGAUUUCGGCACGUGCGAGAAGAUCGUUCGAGAUCUCAAUGAGAGAUGCAAUAAGGAUUACUUCGACUACUAACGCUAUGUUAACAUCAACCUUGGCUUUUCACGUUUCUUCGUCGUUAUACUCUUCGAUCAGCUUUUUAUUAAGAACUGUAUUUCAGUGGUAUAAAUUAUUACAUUCGUACAAUUGUUUAUCAAAUACGAUACAACACUUUAGUGUGUUCUAAAGACAAACUAUUUUAACAAACAAUCUGGUCUUAAUGCAUGUAGUGAAAGUGUCAUCCUUGUUCUGCGUGUGUAAUUACUGUCUAAUCAUGGACGACUCUUUCCGCAUUGAGGGCAUUGUUUGUGCUAAAGAUGUCUUCUCUAAACAAAAGUCCAAUAAUGGCGCAAAGUGGUGUCCCUGCUUAGCCUGUUUGGACUGCUCAGAUUAUUUAUUACGACGCUUUGCGCACAUGCGUUAAGCCCAGUUUUUCAAGAAUGCUGUUAAUUUAAACAAAACGAAUCGAUUGUUUUCAGACUGAGACCAGGAGCUGUAAACUUUUAUUUGCCGUAAAUAUCUGUAAAUUCUUAACUGUUUUUUAUGUAUUUAAGGCCGCUUCUGCUAAUAAAUAGUAUCGUCUCGCACUUUUUGUAUUUGUUAAAUGAACAUACUUUGUCUGUGGAAAGUGUUGCAAAAUACACUCACCUUUGAUAAAAAGGCUUUUUAUACUUUGUAUACGAUGUACUGGGGUCUACAUUGCAGAUAUAAUAACAGAAAGAAAAUUA